AUGGAUUCGUUGCGCGUCGCCACUACACCGCCACCACUCCUCCGCCGUCAAGCUCUCUACCAAAUGACGCGCCACCCAGGCACCGCGCGUCCCUGCCCCAGGCCCUUCAUCGCCGCCACGCUUUCCACGCCGCCGGAGGCCGCGCAAUCUUCCCAUCCCGCCGCCGUGGUAGUUGAGGAUCCCUCGCCGGAGGCUCCUCCUCGCCGCCGGGUCUCGCCGGAUGACCUCCAGUACCCUCCCGGCUACGUCGGCGCGGUUCCCGAACGGUCCCGCUCCGACGGUGGCGGCGACGGCGUGAUGAAUGCGAUGGGUUAUUUGACUAAUAUUCUCUCUUCGAAGGUCUAUGACGUGGCAAUCGAGUCCCCUCUGCAAUUGGCGCCAAAGCUUUCUCGGAGACUCGGGGUUAAGGUUUGGCUCAAGAGAGAGGAUUUGCAACCUGUUUUCUCAUUUAAGCUUCGUGGAGCUUAUAAUAUGAUGGCAAAGCUUCCCAGCGAGUUGUUGGAAAAGGGGGUUAUCUGCUCGUCUGCUGGGAAUCAUGCUCAAGGAGUUGCAUUGUCUGCCAAGAAAUUGAAUUGUAGUGCGGUGAUUGCAAUGCCUGUUACCACCCCAGAAAUCAAGUGGAAAUCUGUGGAGGCACUGGGUGCUACGGUUGUGCUUGUGGGGGAUUCAUAUGAUGAAGCACAAGCAUAUGCUAAAAAGCGGGGGAUAGAGGAGGGUAGGACAUUUAUACCUCCUUUUGAUCAUCCUGAUGUCAUCAUGGGUCAGGGAACGGUUGGGAUGGAAAUUGUGCGCCAAAUGAACGGUCCCUUGCAUGCAAUCUUUGUGCCAGUGGGAGGGGGGGGUCUCAUUGCUGGUAUUGCUGCUUAUGUGAAGAGGGUUAAUCCAGAGGUGAGAAUUAUUGGGGUGGAGCCCACUGAUGCAAAUGCAAUGGCGUUGUCACUCCAUCAUGAUCAGAGGGUGAUUUUGGACCAGGUUGGAGGAUUUGCAGAUGGUGUGGCUGUUAAAGAGGUUGGUGAAGAAACUUUCCGAAUAUGCAAGGAGUUGGUAGAUGGUGUUGUUCUUGUAAGCCGUGAUUCAAUUUGUGCGUCAAUAAAGGAUAUGUUUGAGGAGAAAAGGAACAUAUUGGAACCAGCAGGUGCACUUGCACUUGCUGGAGCUGAGGCAUACUGCAAGUAUAAUGGGAUCCGGGGGGAAAACAUUGUAGUAAUAACCAGUGGAGCAAACAUGAAUUUUGAUAAACUUCGGGUUGUAACUGAGCUCGCCAAUGUUGGUCGUAAACAAGAGGCUGUGCUGGCCACUGUUAUGCCAGAGGAACCAGGCAGUUUCAAAAAAUUUUGUCAAUUGGUGGGGCAGGUGAACAUCACAGAAUUCAAAUACAGAUACAACUCUGAUAAAAAGGCGGUUGUCCUCUACAGCGUUGGGGUUCACACAGUCUCCGAACUAAGAGCAAUGCAGGAGAGGAUGGAAUCUUCUCGGCUCCAAACUUACAAUCUCACAGAAAGUGACUUGGUGAAAGACCACUUGCGUUACCUGAUGGGAGGUAGAUCAAAUGUUCAGAAUGAGGUUCUGUGUCGUUUUACCUUUCCAGAAAGACCCGGUGCCUUGAUGAAAUUUUUGGACCCCUUCAGUCCACGUUGGAAUAUUAGUUUAUUCCAUUACCGAGGGGAGGGUGAGACUGGAGCAAAUGUUCUAGUUGGAAUUCAGGUACCCAAAAAUGAGAUGGAUGAAUUCCAUGACCGUGCCAACAAACUUGGAUAUGAUUAUAAAGUGGUGAAUAACGAUGAUGACUUCCAGCUUCUAAUGCACUGA